CCGGCUUCCUGUUUCGGAGGGCGGCGGUGCCUGAGGGCCAGCGGGAGGAUGGCGUCUCCCUCUCCGGCCUGCCCGUGGGUGGAGGUGCGGGGCUUCCCUCCGGAGGCGGCGGAGGAGCUCCUGGUGCUCUACUUCGAGAACCGGCGCCGCUCCGGAGGGGGCCCGGUCAGGGACUUCCGGCGGAAGGGACCCCGCGCACUCCUGGCCUUCGAGCAGGCCUCAGAUGCAGAGAGGGUCCUCUCCAGAGCCGAGCACGUCCUGCAAGGUGUCCGCCUGGAGGUCCGUCCGGGACCUCCCCGCGACCAAAAGAAGGUGCUCCUCUAUGGCCUGAGUCCCCAGAGCAGCCAGGACUUGGUGGAGCUGUACGUGGAGCACAUGCUGAAGUGCGACCGGGGCGCCUACUCCCUCUUCCGCAGCCCGGAUGGCAGGCAGGCCCUCGUUCAACUCCAGCGGCCCAUCAGCCACGCAGAGUUCCUGUCGCUGGCGGAGCAGGUGGGGGGCCGCCCACUGGAGGGGUCCACGCUGUGCCUGGAGUGGCUGGAGCAGACGGAGAGCUUGCUGGUGCGCAGCCAAGGCGGGAAGGAGCCCCUGCAGAAGGACCUGCUGGAGCUCUACUUCGAGAGCAAGCGCAGCGGAGGGGGGCCCGUGCGUGAGGUACACCUCCUCCCGGGAGGCCUCACUGCCAUCGUCACCUUCCAGGAGCGGGAAACGGUGGAGAGGGUCCUGCAGCAGGGCUCCCACCAGCUCCCAGGGGUCGCCUUGGAUGUCUGUCCUCACUACGACUUCCUGGAGCCCCCACAAGAGAAGGAGAAGGAGGAAGAGGAGGAGGAAGUGUGGGAAGUGCCCAAUGGAGGAGAAGCGGAAGGGGGCAUGGAGGCCUUGCCAGAGGAGGCCCUCCAGCUGACCUGGAUCUCUCUCCCGGAGGAGGUCCCCCCACGCCUGCUGCAGUCCGACCUGGUCUUGCAAGAACUAACCUCUCCAGUGCCGGAGUGCUCCUUGCGCCUGGAGGGGCUCCAGCUGUGCAUCUCGGGGGGAGACUCCACUACACGCUCCCGGCUGGAGGCCCACAUCCGAGGGGUCUUGCGGGAGACCGUCAUGGAGCUCGUGCCCCUCCCCGACUGGACAACGGCAGACUUCCUGCGACGGGAGGACGUCCAGCAGGGUUUGGCGGAGCGACUGGCAGAGCGACGGGUGGCGGCCUGCUUCCUGCCUCCGGACAAGAGCGGGGUCUCGGUCACAGUGGUGGCUCUGACGGCGUUCCAGGCGCGGCAAGCGGCUUCCCUGCUGGGCUCUUUCCUGCGGCGCUUCUCGCUCCCGCUCUUGGAGCGGCACCUGCCGGCCCUGGCCUCCUCCGCCUGGGAGCGCCUGCAAGCGGAGCUGCGGCUGUGCCUCCUGCGCCCAGCCGAGGAUGGGACCCGGCUGGAGGGGGUGGCGCUGUCCGGCCUGGAGGACGAGAACGCGGAGCGGGCAGAGGCCUUCUUGCGGGAGAGUGCCCCCGACGAGACCCUGGUAGCCAUGGAGCCCGGCCAGCUGCGCUUCCUGCAGCUCUAUCAUCGGGAGGUGCUGGCCGGGCUGACCCACCUGGCCCCACUGCCCAUCGAGGGGAAGGACGUCACCGGUCUGCGGCUGAGCGGGGGGUCCAGGGCAUGCCAGGCGGGGGCCGAGCUGCUCCAAAGCCUCCUGGGGGCCAUCCACUCGCAAACAGUGCUUCUGCCUCGCCUGCCUGGCAUCAGCCGCUUCUUGCUGGAGGAUCGGGGCCGUGCCAUCGUCCAGGGCCUGGAGCCCCGCUUCCACUGCGCCGUGGGUCUGGAGCGCAUCCGCUGGAGCCCCCCGGAGGGACGGCAUGAACUAGAGAUGUCUCAGGAGCCACUGGCCUUGGAUUGCGAGCGGGAUUCACCCCACGGAUUGCAGUGUUUGGGGGUCCAAGGCGUCACACAGCGGAACCAGAGCGGAGCCAGCCUGGUGGAGAUCAAGGGGCUCCUGGCCGCCCUGCAGCCCCCCAGCGCCGCCCCUUCCCUUCCGGCAGAGGAGGAGGAGGACCUCUACACCGCGAUGGAGCAGGUCCCGGCGGACGCGCCCCAGAAGGAGGAAGUGACGGGGGAGGAAGAGGUGCAGGUGGGGCCCUUGGACUUGGAGGCGAUGGAGGAGGGGCCCUUGCCCUUGGAGGAGCUGGCCAGGGUCAAGCGGGCGACAGAGGACGAGGAGGAGGCGCAGCUGCUGCUGGCCAUCCAGGAGUCCAUGGACAGCGCCAGGCAGGAGGAGGAGGAGAUCCGCCGCGCCACCGAGCUCUCCUUGCUCUCCUGGGAGCGGGAGCGGCGGCCGGACUCCGAGGAGGAGGAGGCGGCCCUCCUGUCCGCCGUCAACGACUCCCUGGAGGCCAACGACGAGGCCACCUUGGUGGUCUGGGCGGAGUCUGCGGGGGCCGCGGAGGGGCUGCGGGAAGCGCUGGAGGUGGCCCUCCUUGCCCAGGUGCGGGAGGAGGAGGUCUCCCACGAGGCCCUGCGCCGCCUGCCCCCGCUCUGCCGGGACUACCUGACCCACCUGGAGCGCAAGCACGGCGUCCGCAUCGCCCUGGAUGGAGACAAGGCCAACCUGCGGGGCUUCGCUGACCACCCGGUGGCCGCCACCCGCGACUUGGCGCUGCUGCUGGCCCGCUUCCUGCCGGCCGAGACCCCAGUGGGAGGGGCCCAGUGGGUGCGGUGGGAGGCCUCUGGGCAGGGGUCCCCCAUGCCCUACUCCGCCCAGGCCAGCGCCAUCCUGGAAAGGGCCUGGCAGCGAGGGCUCCGGAGGGUGGACCUCUUCUUCGGGGGACGGCCCUUCGCCUUCGACUUCCACCGCAUGGAGGAGUACGACGUCAGCAAUGCCCGGACCCUGCCCAUUGGACGCAUGGAGGCUCCCGCUGACCCAGACCCCAUGGGCCCACUGGCGGAGGACGAGGUGAAGCUGGUGCCGCUGGUCGAGGGCUCUGAGGAGUUCAGGGACACCGUGCGCCGCUUCUACGACACGCUGGAGGAGCUCCACAGCAAGAUACGCAUUGUCAAGGUGGAGAAGCUGGUGCACCCGCUGCUCUACCGCCAGUACCAGCUGAAGAAGGCCGCCAUGGAGAAGGCCUGCGGGCACCAGGAGGUGGAGCGGGUCCUGUACCACGGCACCACCGAGCAGUCCACACGCGAGAUCUGCCAGCACGGCUUCAACCGCAGCUUCUGUGGGAAGAAUGCCACGCUCUACGGCCACGGCGUCUACUUUGCCCGCAAGGCCUGCCUCUCGGUCAAGGAGCAGUACUCUCCCUCCGGCCCCAGCGGCAACAAGCACGUCUUUGUGGCCCGGACCUUGGUGGGGGACUUCACGGCGGGGCGCAUCGGCUUGCGGGCACCCCCUUUCCGAGAGGAGGAUGAGGGGGAGGGGGAGAAAGAAGGCGGGGCUCCGCGCCGGCGCUACGACAGCACCGUGGACUGCCCCCACGACCCCUCCAUCUUCGUCAUCUUCAACGACACCCAGGCCUACCCCCAGUUCCUCAUCACCUGCCAAUGGUCCAAGCUGCGCUGAGAAGGGCAGCUUCCUCUUUGAUUGACACUUUCUGAUCCGGAAUCAUGGUCUUGAUUUUGGCAUGGGCUAUCUUUAGCUCUCCAGGUGUUUUAGACUGCAACUCCCACCAUUCCUCACAUUUCCCUUAUCCGUAUCCCACCAAUGGCUCUCCGUAUCCACGUCCCACUAAUGGCGCCCCGUAUCCGCGCCCCACCAAUGGCUCCCUGUAUCCGCGUCCCACCAGCUUAAGCGGCCGAGGGGGAAAAGGAAGGGGCCUGAGGCUGUGAGGAAUGGUGGGAGUUGCAGUCCAAAACACCCGGAGGGCCGUAGUUGGCCCAUGCCUGCCUUACUCCUUCCUCAGGUAUUUGCCCUUUGUUGGGGGUCUCCACAGAGGCCUCUUCAUGGUGGGCCUUCUUGCCAAAAAGGGCUGUAUGUCUGCAAAAUGGAUGGAGAGGUUGACGCUUUACAAAGGUUGCACGACAGAAUUAAAGAAAACCCAGGCACGGCU